GGUGGGACCAAUUCCUGCUCUGCCCUGCAAAGCUGGCCCUGACUCUGCCCAAGUAAUUAAGAUAAAUGCGGUGAUAAGGCCAGUUUUGCUCUUAAACGUGCCCUGGGGCCGCGUCUCGGAUGUAACUUUACCUGCAGGGGUUUAUCGGAGGCCCAGCUCGCUUGGGUAUCGGGGUUUUUAAGAAAGCGGCAGCGUUUGAAGCGAGAGGCCAUUUGUGGCAUGAAUAUGGGGAGCAGACCAAGCACACAUAGCGGCUGCUAUGUGGCCAGGACAAGCACUGGGCAGCAGUGAUGCCCAGGCCGGGCCCAUCAGGGCCGGGGCCCAGCUCAUCAAAGUGUGGAGAGGCACUGCCUGCCUCAGCCUCCCCCAGCCAGGACCGCCCAGUGCAGGUCAUUGGACUGGGGGCCGGGAAGGCAGGGGACUGACAGGGUGGGUCGGGGCAGCACCCCAGACAGUCCGCACAUGGCUCUGAGUCUGUUUCCCCAUCUUGGGUCCCAACUGGCAGCCAGGUCAUGGCUGGGUGGCCAGGGAAGUGUGGCCUGGAGCCCACAGACGUGUGUGUGCGGUGUCCCUGGUCCUCUGCAGUGCCUCGGGGCACCCGCAGCAUGGCAUCUGGGACCCUCAGCAAGGCCAGGGCAUGGUACCCCCAAACCCCUACCCACCCCAUCACACCCGCCAGGCAGGGGGAGCAACAGGGACCCAAACCCACCUCCCCUCGGACAAAGCCUGGGCCCAGACCCUGCCUGCUUCCGCAUCCUCUUCCGGCCAUAACUGUGGGGCUGGACCCUGUGGGAGGCCACACAGCCGUGCCCACCACGGGCCUUGUCCUGCCUGCCCAGGACUCUGUGAUGGCCCUAGCUGAGGGUCCCACAGAAGGCUCAAGCAGCUCCUGCAGGCCCAGAGGAGGGGACAGCUGGAGGCCAGGGAGACCCCCGCAGAGCAGUGCUGGCCAGCCAGGUGGUGAGGAGGCCCGGCUGCAGGCACAGCCGCCCCGCUGGCUGGCCCACUUGCACUGGUCUUGAGUUACCAGUGCCCACAGCCACCCAAGGGCUGGCUACUCUUAUGGAGAGAGAAGGAACCACUCCUGCUCCCCCGGGGCAGCCCUGGGUCUGGGGGAUUGGAUCUCCCCACUUCAAAGGACUCCGGCUGCUGGAACCCACACUGACCCCGCAGCAGGCACCAAGGGGCUUUGCCAAGCUCUGAGGCGGGGCCAGACUUGAGACCAGGCCGAAUGUGGUCCCCACGCUGCCGCCUUGGGCCCUGCACUCCUCCAUGGGGUGCCCACGGUACAGCAGACCAAAGGCGGGCUUGCACCGGACUUAGUACCCAGGGGUCCGGAGCAGCCAGGGUGGGCCCCAGGAGUGACCUGUCUCUGUGAGGGACAGGCUGAGGGCACAGGCAGUUCAGCUCUGCACGUUGAUCAAGUCACAGCCUUCUCUGAGCCUCCUCUACCCGCUGGCUCGUGGCUGAAUGCGGUGAGCUGAAGGCAAUGGGGCACUUGCACAAAUGCCCUGGGCCCAGCACCACGGCUGGCACAUGUGGGAGCCGCUUGGCCAUGCCGUGAGCUCUCUGGGAAGGGCAGUGCCUGGGCUGCUGUUUCCGAGUGGGCAGGGGCUGCUGUGCCCCUGGGGGCCGGGCAGGGUGGUGACCACUCAGCACAGUCCAGGCCCCAUAGACAGCAAAGUGGCCAAGUCUGCAGGGCCCAGGCCUCUCUGCCCCCAGCCCGACACCCACCGGCCAGGGCAGCUCAGCCUGGCCACUCUCGAAGUGCAGCUUGGGGCCAGCAUGAGCUGGGCCUCUCCACACAGCCAGUGCCCACACCCACGCCAGCCGGGUGCAGUGCUCCUGGUUUCUCUGGCGUGGGUGGGCUCAAGGCAGGGACAGCAGCCUGUUCCCAGGGUGCCCAGGCAAACCCCAGGUCCACAGCCAGGCAGAGCAGAGUGCAGAGUGACGGAGAAACAGGAGGGGCGGCCUGGCAGAAGGCUCGGGGUCCCUAGAGCUGGGAAUGUGGGGAGACACAGAGCCUCAGCCCCUCCCAACGCGUGAACCCGAGAGGCACUCCUGGGCCCUGGCGGAGGCCAGGACCCCCAUCCUCACUUACCAUCCUCUUUCUUCACAGGCACGCGGCCCCGUCUCUGGGCAGUCCUACAGCGACCCUGCUGAGGCCCUGGCGCCCCAGGCUCCACCCGGGACCAUGAGCACAGGCCUCCCUGGGGCCCCCCAAGGGGUGAGGAUGGCCGCCCAGCCCACACCCUAUGGCCUUCCUCGGACUGCCGCCUCCUAGCGUCCAGGACCUGGGGCCAUGCCGGGCGAGCGGCCCCACGGAGCACCGCCCCCUGCCACCACCAGAGACCUGCAUCCCUGCCACGGUGCAGGGGGCUUGCAGCACCUGUCCCAGGCGCCCCCCAAGGACCAACCCCCCAGCAGCGGGACGGCCCGGGCCACGAAGGAGGCAGGUAGCAGAGCCCUGACCAGGGACCCACCUGGGACCCAGCCAGGGCAGACCCAGGCAGUGACGCCCCAGGCCACACUCCUGCAGCCCCACCACCUUCAUGGCCCCUCGGGGAAGGGGGGUGGCCCCCACACCCCACCUGUGAAAAGCCACCCAGGGGCGCAAGUGUGGCUGGCAAGCAAGGUGGACAGCAGCUCCCCACAGCUCUAUGGCCUGAACAUCAUCAGCCCAAAGGCCAAGCCCACCCUGGACGAGGCCCUCGAGGGCUGGCCACUCGAAGCCCCCCAGGACUCCCAGGCAGAAGCCUGCCACAGGCCCAGCCGCCCUGGGGCCGAGGCCCUGCCCACCCCCGAAGAGCUCCACUCACAAAGGUGCUUCCAGGAGGACCCCUCCAGCUUUACCUCCAGCAACUAUACCUCACCGAGUGCCACCCCAGGACCCCCUCGGGCCCUGCCGAGCAACGGUGCCAGCCCCCCAUCACUGGCCACUCUGCCGGAGCUCCAGGCCAGCAGGGCCAGCUCCUGGCCUCCUGCUGCUGAGGACAACUUCCCAGGUGCUAAUUUCAGGGUCUCCCCCACCGAGUCGGAGCCCUUUUGUGAGGGCAGCAGGCCCGGAAGCCCCAGGGGGAGCCCCUUCCCAUGCCCGCUCCAGGCACGGGCACCCCGUGAGGAUGCAGCUGGGCAGGGCUAUGCCCAUGGAACACUGGCCUUCUCCUUCCACCAGCCCCCAGGGAGGUGGCCAGAGGUGGCCAUGGGCACUAACCCUGCCUACCCACUGCCCCCCACACCCUUGCCCCAGCCCUGUUACCCUGGCCAGCUGGGCAGCGUAGAGUCUGCUGGCAACCACAGCCAGGCCCUCUCCCCCUCUGGUGCUGUUCCCCGGGCCCCAAGGCCCUUCCCCGACAGUUUGCACAAAAACCUAACUGAAGUCCUCCCUGAGAGACCCCCUGCAGGCCAUGAGGGGCUGGGGAGUCCCAGGGUACCCCCAAACCCUGGGUCCCAGAGACACUUUGCAGGACAGGCGUAUGGAGGGAGUAAGGUGGGCAGCAGCCCAGGGCCUGGGGACACCGAGCUGGCCGCCCCCGGAGUCCUGCCUGCAAGGCUGCCCCAGCUUUGGGACUCCACAGCAGCCCCCUACCCUGAGCACCCCCCACCCACCUCUAGCGCCCCAUUCUUUGACAACCCUGGCCAGCGGCUCUGCCUCCCCCAGAGUCCCACAGUGCCCUGGUCCUCCAUACUCCCCAGCCCCAGCCCAAGCCCCCACCAGAUGGAGGUGCUGAGCCAGCUGCCAGUCCCCAGGGGCGCUGCUGAGUGGCAGGAGGGCAGCCAGGGAGCGCUGGGUGUUGCCGGCCAGGCCCCUGGGCCUGGGGAGACACUGGCAGCCCUGAGAACAAGCCCAGGCCAGCCGGGUAGCUCCCCAGGGCUAUUCCCCUACAGUGGGCUGAAGGACCCUGCAGCCCAGGCCCUGUUCUUUGGGGGUACCCAGCCCCAGGCAUCACCCCGAGGAGCCCCAGGCCUGCCCCCACCCAGAGUGGUGGGGGUCUCUCCCAGCGAGUCCCCACUGCCCUCCCCUGCCACCAACACAGCGGGCAGCAGCACGUGCUCCUCUCUGUCUCCCCUGUCCAGCAGCCCGGCCAACCCCAGCUCUGAGGACAGCCAGCUGCCUGUACCCCUGGGGCCCUUGGGCUUCUUCCUCCCGGCCCCUCAGCCUCAGGACACCGGAAGCCCCUUCCAGUCCCCAGAGCCCUGUAACACUGUCCCUGCCCACUUUCCACUCCCCUCCGAAGGGCUGGGGCCCGAGGGUGCCCUCGAGUUCCGGGGCAGUGAGGGCCACAGGGCAGGCAAGGAUGGGCUGCGGGGCUUAACCCGGGGCCCAGCUGCCUAUGCUGCCCACCACUUUCCGCUGAGCAGCGCCAGCCUGGACCAGCUGGACGUGCUGCUGACCUGCAGGCAAUGCGACCGCAACUACAGCAGCCUGGCCGCCUUCCUCGAGCACCGGCAGUUCUGUGGCCUGAUGCUGGCCCGGCACAGACCCCAGGGGCUCCCCGCUGCCCUCAAGGUGCCAGCACCCACGCACCCAGGCUUGCUGGGCCACAGCCAGACCAUCCCCUUCCUGCUGGCUGGGGACAUGCAGACAGACGGCAAAGAUGACGCCCUGCGGACAAGCUUCCUGCCUGGCCUGGCCACCCCGCCCUUCCCUCUGCCCGCCUCUGAUUUAGACUUGGAGGACAAUGCCAAGCUGGACAGCCUCAUCACCGAGGCCCUCAAUGGCAUGCAGGACCCGUCGGACAGCCCCGAGAUCGACAGCAGCUUCAUCGACGUCUUCACCGACGAGGACCCUCCUGGCCUCAGGGGCCCUGGCACUGGGCAGCCCCCUAGCACCCGGGCGAGUGCCACCCCAGAGCAUUCUACCCAGCCCCUGCCUCUGGUCGGAGGGCCCACACCGAAGUCCAGAGCCCCCUGCCCUGGAGACAGGGCCUGCGCAGCCCAGAGUGAGCCCAACACCCCCUCCCUGGGCCCAGCGCCCAAGGAGGCAGCUGUGCCCAGCCCAGGGAGGCAGCCUCGGAGAGGGAAGCAGCUCCGGUUGUUCUGGAAAGAGCUCGAUGCAGCCCACGGCGCCAAGGGACCCAGCAGGACACCUGGCCCGAGGCCCAGGAGACGAGGACGCAGCACCCAUCAGCCCCCACCCUACCCCCAGGACCUCCUCCCCUCUGCAGAGACCAGGAGUGCCAAGCGCUUGAGACUGCCCCCCAGGAGGGACCCCAAGAAGCGGAGGGCGCGGCGGGGUGGCAGCUGGAGCAAGGAGCUCAUCCACAAGAUCGUGCUGCAGAAGAACAAGCUGCACCGGGCGCAGGUGCCCUCAAGGGCCCCACAAGGCAGGCUGGGGGACAACGACCAGGCCUCCGAGUCGGAGGAGGAGGGGCCGGGGCCCAGGGGUCCUGGCCUCAGAGGCCGCUCCCACCGUGGCCGCAGGCAGCGGCGCCUGAGCAGGAAGAUGAAGGAGGCGGACCUGGGCCGAGGCCCCAGCAAGGUGGGGAGGCCAGGACCGGGGGAGCAGAAGGGGUCCCCAACCCCAGGGCAGCCAUACAGCCCAGACGGAGACCCCAAGUGGACUGGUCACCCCACAGGAGCUGCCAAGGACACUGCGACCCUAGAGGAAAGUCAGCCGUCCCCUGGCCUCCACCAGGCAGCCCAGAUGCCAGAAGCUGCGGAAGACUUGCUGCCUGAUCCCACAAAACUCAGAGAGGUUCCCACCUGGGAGAGAGGAUGCCCCAGGCCCCACACUGCAGAGCACCCACGGCUGGGCAGAGGUGACACCAGCAGACCUCGACCCUCAGGGAGCCACCCCAACGUUCCACCCAGCAGCAAAGUGCCGAGGCCAGGAGACAGUGCUCUGCAGGGCACCCCUAGCUGCACAGAGUCCCCCAAACCCCGUGACCAAGAAGACACCCCUGCUCAUCAGCCUAGAGACUCCCAAACGUCGGCUUCUAAGCCCAGCAGAGUGGCCGAUCCCGAACCUGGCAGCCCAUUUAAGAGCUCUGAUCUUGGCUACAAUCCUGCUCACAUCAGCCGAGAUGCUGUGGGGGUUCCUGCUGCCGGAAAGGGGCCCCAGCCCCCCAGCAUUGGCUCCACUGAACUGUCCCUCGGGCCCAAGGACCUAGCUGUGGACACUCUGCCGGCCAGUAGCUCCUACCUUGGCCAGGACCACGUGAACCCCCUGGAGCCCAAACUGCCAAAGAACACACCCUACAGCCCAGCCCAGUCACCGCUGACCUUGGAGUCCACAAGCUUCUUUGCCGGGCUGCCUGAGGACCGCUUCGACCCGCCACUCUACGACGCAGUGUCCCCACACAAGGCCACACUAGUGCCGCUGGCCUGUGCCGACCCUCUCCCGAGGAAACCUCCAAUAGAGCCACUGUUCCCCCCACUCCUGCUGCUGGAUGAAGUGUCCCCGGUGCUGCCCAGCCCAUUUCCUGACCUCUCAGGGCCAAAGCCAUUCCAUAAGAGAUGUCCCCGUGAAGACGUGGCUGCCCCCAGCCCUGCACCCGGGUCUGGGAAGAGAAACGAAUACAACGCAGCUUUCAUGACCAACCUGUCGGAGGAUGAGCUGGAGAUCAAAAGAUUGGUCUCUGAAUUAGAAAGCCAGCUGCAAAGGCGAGAGGGCACCCCAGGAGCCCCCGAGGAGCCUGGUGAAGCCGUGCACGCAGCCUCCCCGAUGCCAGCCUGCCAGGCCGUCCCACUCUGCAAUGAUGAGGCCCACCUUACAGGUCCUGGGGAACGCGGGCCACAUCAGGAAGGCGUGAGAACAGCCAUGUCUCCCACAAAAGGGGUGCUCAACCUGGGGGAGCAGCCCUCAGCCACACACAACCCAGGAAAAGCAGCCCCACUCCCCGGCUGCCGCAAAGACCUGGCUUCGGGGGCUCCUUUGGGGACCAAGGGUUACAGCCUCAGAAUUCUGUCAGCACAGGAAAGCAGAAACUGCAAGACGGAAGCAGACAGCAGGCCGCCCCUGGACGUGGGUCUGCCUGAGCCCCUCGAGCACCCGGAGGACCCCCUGGAGCCCAGGGGUUCAGCAAGGCAUGGCCCUGGCCGUGACCUUUUAUCUUCUGCAAGUGUCAAGUCAACCAGGACACAGGAGAGCAAGGGCUCCCCACUUCUGCCGCCUCCUGAGUCCCACGGGUGCCUGGCCACCCCAGCACCUGAUCAGGGGUUGCAGGACAGAGGAGAUUCAUCUCUGGAUGCCACCCCAGCCCCAGAUGAUGGCCACAGCAAUGCUUCCAAGGGACCAACUCCUGGGAGACCUGGGCGCCCUGGAGCCCUGGCAGAGGGAGCUGCCUUCCAGGACCCAGAGGGUCCGUCCCACCCAGGACCCCGUCCUGGCCCAGCCCCCAGCCCCUCACAUCCAUUCCAGGUCUUGGGGGCCAGAGCUGACAGCAAGAGUGGUGUCCAGGUCUCACAUGAGUCUCCACCUGCCAGUACCCACCGCCCUCGGCAUGGAGGCCCCCCAGGUCCAGGAGGAGACACAGUGACAGGUGGCUCCCCUGGGGGUGUGCAGGACACAGCCACCUGCACAGUGCCUGAGGAAGACAGACCGCUGGGCUCCCCUGGCCAGGCCGAAAAGCCUAAAGCCCAAGGCAAAGCCCGCCAACACCUACCUGAAGCCUGGAGGAGCCCGGGAGCACCAGGCAACAGUGCCAAGGCCAGAGCCCUCCCCAGAGCACCCAGGUCGGCUGGGGCCAAAGCCAGGCUCCAGGGAGGCAGUAUGGCCUUAAGCCUUCAACAGCGGAUGCAGCCAGCCACUAGCCCUCGGCACCCUUCAGAAACAGCAGCCUACACCCAACAGGGGUAUAAGGAUAGGCUCCCUGGGGAGGCGGCCAGCCUCACCCCUGCCCCCAGUAGCCUGGAGCACACACCCCAGGAAGCCCUUCCCUCUGUGUCUUCAGGAGGGGCCAGUUGGGUCCAGAGCUCUGCAGGGGCCGAGGCAGGGAGGUUUCCCGAAACUCCCCCAUCUUUGAUGACAAGCCUCUGUGGCCCCGAGGCUGUCCCACCUCCCACACUUCCAGGGGCCAGCAGCCCCAAAGACUGGCCAGACCUCAGCCACAUCCCAGCCCACACCCCCACCCAGAGCCAGGACAGCCCCGGCAGCAGCACAUCAGGAACCCUAGAGGAUUUCAGAGGAGGGCCGGGGGGCUCCCCAGCCCAGGCCACCCACCCUCGCCCAGGAGUACCCAUGGCCGGCAGGAGGCACAGUGCAGAGACAGUCCCUACCGACCCUGCCACAGAGGCAGGCAGGGCGCUCGGCAUGCCGGACCCCACCUCCCAUCCUCUCUGCCCCACCCUCUUCCUUGGCCACAGCAUCAGGGCCACACCUACAGACCCCACUUCACUGGGGUCCACACAGCCAGGUCCCUACCCUUGUGUGGAACAGGAAGUGGGGGCUGUCAGCCAGGGACGGGAGGAUGCAGGGACAUCUGAUGUGCCCCAGGGGCCCAGAGCCAGCAAUCGGGCCCUGGCUGCAUCCUGCUCUCCUGGAGCUGCCUCUCCCAGAAACACGGCUGGUGACUUCGGGUCCAAAUCCCCCCAACACCACAUCGGGGUCCCUCGCCAGACACCCCCAGGCUCCAAACAGAAGCCCCAUGGCUGUAAGAAGAAGCCUGAGCCCACAGAGAAAAGGAAGAGCCAAGCCCUGCCCAGGCCGCCGGUCCCCUGCGUGACCUGCGAGAUGUGCUCAGCCUCCUUCCGCUCGGGGCCAGGCCUGAGCCGGCACAAAGCCAGGAAGCACCGACCACUCGUAGGCGCUGCCCCAGGGUGCGAGGCGCUCGACAAGAAGAGCCGCAGGGCACCUGGCAAGGAGAAACCAAGUCACGCUGUGAUGCAGCCCAACCACCCUGCGGGGCCACCUCCCCGGCAGGGCUCCACAGCCCCUGAGGGCCGCUCGGGUCCUGAGACAGAGCAGGGGGCCGAAAGGGGCCCCAGGGCGCCAGGCUGUCCCCUUAACCAGCAACCACAUCCCCCAAAGCCCAGCCCAGCCCAGCCCGAGGUGAACAAUCUCCACCCCAGACAGACAGAAAGAAGAGAAGGGCCAAGGCGAAGCCGAGGGCCCAGGGACUCCCCUAGCACCAUGGCCCCAAAACCGCAGAACGUGGGAAAGGGUCGAGCCAGGAGGCCCCGGGGGGAGCAUGGGACUGCAGCCUGGUGCCACUCCAAGCCAGCAGCCCCCAACUGCACACCAGAGGACCAGCAGGGGGCAGACAGAGAGCCUGGGCCCCUAGAGGACAGCACAGACCAUCCUGACCUGCAGGUGCUGUGCACAGUGGACACUGCAGCCCAGAAGUCCCCCAGUGGUGGGAGGAGCCCCCCAGGGAGAGCAGAGGGGGUGUCCCCUGGGGAACACCCCGAGGGGUGGAAAGGAGCCCUGACAAGGGGCCUCUGGGGAGCCGCAGUGGCCAGGACAUCACACAAGGACCCAUCUCCCGAGUCUGUAGGGGAGACUGCAGAGGACUGUGGAGGGCCCCAGGGCGAGCCCAGCAGCGGUGUUAGGGCAGGGACACUUGUUCUUCCUGUGGCGUCCAGUUCUGACACUGACAGCACUGUCCGCAGUGACAUGCCGGGCUUCCUGGACACCCCAGAAACCCUGAGUGCGGCUCCUGAAGCCCCCAGCCCAGGCUGUGGGCACUCUGCGAGCCUGCUUGACGACGACGUGUCCUUUGCCCAGCUCUUCCCUCCAGGCGGCCGCUUCGCUCGGAAGAAGAACCCGCGCAUCUACGGGAAGCGCUGCAGGAGGCCACAGUGCCGGCCGCCCACUGAGCCACUCAGCCAGGCCAGGAGUGACCUGCCGUCCUCAGCCUGGCUGCCCACGGAUCUCAGUGACUCGGGCUCCCUCUGCCUCUCCUGUGAGGACCUGUGGGAUAACGAGCCCAUGGAUCUGCCUGAGCCCUGGCUGCUGGAUGGGGCACUGAGCAGCAGCCCCCCAUGCCUCGACCUCUGGGCCCCAGAGCCCAGCAGGGAAGCCGACUGUGUGGGCGAGGCACCGAGCUGCGGUGCCAGCGAUGACCAGGCAGAGACCAUCCCGGAGCUGCACAGGGUCCCGCGGUCUUGGAGAGACCUGGGGGUGCCCCCACAAGAGCCACUCUCCGGUCCCGGAGAUGUGAGCCCGGAGCCCCCCAACCUAGAAAGAGAGGGCUAUGAGGAGGGGCCGCCCGGGAACACCGAGGACUUGGAAAUGGCAGGGACUACGCUGGAGACGCAGGGCCUGUGCUUCCCGGGACCCCGUGAGGACCUGACCUGCGUCGCCAGCACCAGUGCCUUGAACCUCCAGGAGGAGGCAGACCGGCCCAGCCAGGCCCUCGGCAAAGAGCGGCCGGCUCCGAGCAGGAAGGGCUCCUUCAAGUGCCGCGUGUGCUUCCGGCGUUUCCACGGGCUGGGCGAGCUCGACCUGCACCGCCUGGCUCACAGCGCCACACCGCCGCCCACCUGCUACAUGUGCGUGGAGCGCAGGUUCGGCUCGCGCCAGCUGCUGCGCGAGCACCUGCAGGAGAAGCACGUGCAGGGCCAGGCGGGGCCGUGGGCCUGCGGCAUGUGCCUCAAGGAGGUGGCCGACGUCUGGAUGUACAACCAGCACCUGCGCGAGCACGCUGCCCUCUUCGCGCGCAGGGGCCAGGUUCGGCGGGCCCGGAGUGAGCUGCCCGCGGGCUCCGGGGAUGAGGGCGCAUCGGCGGAGCGAGCCACUGCCCAGCGCGGGGCAAGCGCGGCGGGCAGGAGGGCUGAGGAGGCGGCGCUGAUGGACGGGGCCGGGCUUGCCUCCCCUGAGAGCCCCCACGACGCCUCGACGCCUCCCAGCCUGCCCGGCGGCGACGGCCCCGCCACCCCCAGCCCGUGUCCGGGGCCCCGCCCCCACAGCGAGGCCCCGCUCGGCGCCAGCCCGGUGCACGCGGACUGCAAGGACCCGUCCCGCGACUGCCACCACUGCGGGAAGCGCUUCCCCAAACCCUUCAAGCUGCAACGCCAUCUGGCGGUGCACAGCCCGCAGCGCGUCUACCUGUGCCCGCGCUGCCCCCGCGUCUACGCCGCGCACCGCGAGCUGCGCGCACACCUGGGCGGCGCGCACGGGGCGAGGCCCGAGGCGCGCGAGGUGGCCCCCACGCCGCUGUUCGCCUGCGAGCGCUGCGCCGACGUCGCGCGCGUCACCCGCAGGGCCUUCGCCUGCAGCGCGUGCAAUUACACCUUCGCGCGCCGAGAGCAGCUGGACAGGCACCGCGAGAAGCACCGGCGCGCCUGUCCAAGGCCCUGCGCGCUCCGCGGUGUGCGGCGGCCCAGGGCGCCCCAGGGCGCGCUGCCCCCCAAACGGCGCAGGGUGGCGGGCCCUGGUGCGGACGGACCAGUGUCCCCAGGCAGCCCUGCCCUGCCCCGACUCUGCCUACAGGCGGCCCCUGGUGCCGCUUCCUCCCCGGAGAGGCUGGAGGACACUGCGGAGCGCCCAGAUGCAUCCACGGCCAGCGCAGACCUUCCACCCCCGGCUCUGUCUCCCCUCCCCGAUGCCCAGGUUGAAUGCAGAGAGGACCGAGAGCCAGACCGAGCCAUGACAAGGCCAGAGGACGAGGCCUCCGUGGACAGCCCUGGGUCUCAGAGACACCAGGCUCCCCCUGUCUCAGGGAAACGCGGAACUCCAGGGGGUCGUGGCAGGUACUCCCGCCACAGCUCCCCAGGAGAGCCCUCCCUGCUCCCCAAAGAGAAGCAGGUGUCAUCCUGCCACGUGGUGCCUGAUAGGGGCACAGCUGGGCCCUCCCAUGAGGGCGAUGCCCCCAAACUGAGGAUUUGCCAGAGUGCAUCAAAGCUGAGGCCUGUGGCAACCACCCCUGGCAGGACACUCAAGCUACCAGGACAGCCAAGGAAGCCCACAGAGACGGGGAGUCCUGCUCCUGGAGAGCUGGCUCCUGGCCCUGAAAACAGGAUGAAGCCUGCCAUCUCCAAAACCAGGCUGAGGCCCAGCUCCCAGGGUGGUGGGGGAGCAUGCCCUGGCACCAAGACUGCAGGGGGCAGCCAGCCCCAGCUGGCCAGCGGGCGGCUACAGAGUGAGACAGCCACUACCCCAGCCAAGCCCAAUGGCCCCAGCCAGAGCCCCGCACCACACUCGCCCCCACCUCGUGCCCAGGCCAAGGGCAGCCCCAAGGGGACGCAGGGGUGCUCAGGUCCCCAGGAAAAGGCAGAAGGCGGCGAGAAGAGGCGGAAGGGACCAGGCCCAGCAAAGCGGGACAGCACAGGGAGCUCGGGCAGAGCUCCCCCAACCCCUGACAGGCCUCCCCGGGCGCCCCGGAAGCAGGCUACCCCUAGCCGGGUGCUCCCUACCAAGCCCAGACUCAGCAGUCAGAUCGGCAAGACCCGGCCACCACCCUGGGAGACUCGGAAGGGUGAACCUGGCCCAGGCCACCGGAGGGAGGUGCUGGGCAAGGCCUUCCCCCAGGCGAGGAAGGGCAGGUCCGUCUCCAGCACCAGGCCCACCGAACUCCGAGACCACCGGACCGCUGAGUCCCAAAGUGACCUCCUCAGCCAGCUCUUUGGGCAGAGACUGACCAGCUUCAAGAUCCCGCUAAAGAAGGACACUUCUGAGUGACACAUGAGCAGCACCCAGCGCAAAACCAGGGCCCAGCGAGGCUCCUGGUGGUGGCUGCUCAGCACCCAAGGUGGCGCACUUUCGGGGAACUGCCUGCCUCAGUCCCGAUGCUCAAACCAGUUGGCGAAGGCCCUUCUCUCGCUCUAAGGCUGAAGUGAGGGAUAGGCCAACUGCGGCCCCUUGGGAGCACACAACUGUUGCCCGGGUACUAAGUCCUUGAAAGAGCCCCGGGUGCUGCCCCCGGCUGUGGGGGGGUCGGCUCGGCGGUGCGGGCUGCAGGCCUCAGCUGAAGAUUCGCACAGAGCCCCCGUCAACACCAGGAAGGGGAGUCUGGGCAGCUGACCCGAUGGCGGCCUUCCCUCUUAGUCCCGCUGCUGCUGGAAUUCCAAAGUGCCUUUCAGAAUCACACGGUGGGGGACAGCACUCUCCACAUGGGCCACUUCUGAGCCACCUGAUCCCAAGAGCACACAGCCCUCUGCCCCUGACCACGGGAUCACGCCUGCCACUGACCACACUGCGGAUGCUUCCGGGGCACCUGGCUCCCCAGGGAACAUGGAGAGGCCUGCUCCCCUCGGGGCCCUCUCUAGAGCCCUCCUCCCCGCAGCCCCGGGCCGUGUGUGUCCCCAGUUCUGGUGCUAUUUUCAUGUUGUAAUGUGAAUACUGUGUUUUCCUGUAACGGGAUGGGGCGGGGAGAUGGCGUCCGGGAGAUGAGGAGGCUGCAGCUGGGGCACGGAGGUGACGACUCGGAACUUCCCACGGGCUCUGCUCUGCAGACGGGACCUGCCAGCUCGCCACGUCCUGGCCCAGCACCCCACCAGGAAGGGCAGACAGGAGGGCUCACGAUGCUCUGCGAUUUUCGGGGAAUCUCAGAUUCACAGUUUAUUUUGUUCUGGUUUUAGUUUUUAACGUGGGUGCAAUGUGUACAUCAAAGGUUUCAUUUUGCCGUUUUGAAAGACACCGAGUCAGGUCCAGACUGCCCCUGUACAAGGUGCUGGGCCCUCCCAUGCUGACUAGGACAGGAAGGGGGCCUCGGGCCGCGCUGUAAAGAUCGAAGCCAGCUCAUCUUUCUGAAUAUAUUCCCACUAUUUUCGCACAAA